CGUUUAAGUGCAGUCCGCUGCUUCGAGCUCUUCAUCGGUCUCAGUCUCUCGAGUCCUCGACGACGCAAACGCACAACAGCGGGACGAAAUGGCAGAAGAAGCUCCAGCUGCGGCCGCCGCCGCCGCGCCCAAAGCGGCCAAGAAGAAGGCGUCCAGGCCGAAGAAGGUCGGUCCCAGCGUCUCCGACCUCAUCGUGAAAACCGUGGGCGCGUCCAAGGAGCGGAGCGGCGUGUCCGCUGCCGCCGUCAAGAAGGCUCUGACCGCCGGAGGAUACGAUGUGGACAAGAACAAGGCCCGCGUCAAGACCGCCAUCAAGAGCCUGGUGGCCAAGGGGACUCUGGUCCAGGUCAAGGGGAUCGGGGCCUCCGGCUCCUUCAAGGUGAGCAAGACCACCGCCGACAAACCGGCAAAGAAAGCCGCUCCUAAAGCCAAGAAGCCCGCAGCGGCCAAAAAGCCCAAAGCAGCGGCAGUGAAGAAAGUUGUAGCCGCUAAGAAGUCACCGAAGAAGGCCAAGAAACCCGCAUCGGCCAAGAAGGUGGCCAAGAGCCCCAAGAAGGUAGCAAAGAGCCCCAAGAAGGUGGCCAAGAGCCCCAAGAAGGUGGUGAAAAAGGCCCCCGCAGCCAAGAAAACCCCCGUGAAGAAGGUCGCUAAGCCCAAAGCCAAGAAAGCAGCACCCAAGAAGAAGUAAACUGACCUCAGUCUGAACAACCAACGCUUCUAUAAAAGGCUCUUUUAAGAGCCACCCAAUCCUCCCUUAAAGAGCUUUUCCUUCAUUAUUCAGCUGCAGACUAUAGCUGUGAUUUCCAGAAUGUAUCAUACAAGGGCUAGGACAUUCACUCAUGUAACAUUAGCUAGUAUGAGCAUCUAAGGAGCAGACACAUGGGCUACUUAAACAUAGCAAAGAAUACCCAUCAUGUAAAACUGCACAUAGAAUUGUUUAAAAUUGUUGUUGAUGGUUACAACUUUCAUACAACGUAUACUAAAUUUUGAUAUUAAACAGGAGAUCAACUCUU